AUGAAGCCAGCAGAGGUUUAUGCGUCCAUGAUGGAUAUGGACGCGUCUCUUGUUCGGCACUAUCUGGUAGGCGCAACGAAUGAACCAGAUGAAGUAAUAGUCACUGAGCUGUUAGAACUGAAGAACCUAAUAGCAAACCUAGACCCAAAGGUUGCUCGUGAUGUUAUUGUUAGCAAAUCAGGAGACCGUGUUGGAACAUUAGAGUGCCUUCGUCAUUUGGGAGAGGUGCAUUCCACAAAGGUGGAAAAGAAAGAACACAAGGCUGAAGGGAAUGAAAAACGUAAAGAAAAAGGAUUCUUCGAUUGGUUGUUUGGGAAGAAAUCCAAACACGAAACGGCGAAGGUGUCACGAGAUACACCAAAAGCGAAAAAUCAUGAAAAAACAGUUCACCAUCCAGAAACUGCUAAUAAGCCUGAAGUAAAGCAGAGUAACGGGGUUGAACAUUCAGAAAAUGGUGGUGAAGGUUCUAUCCCUUCAGACGCAACUCAUAGGCAACUAACACCGGAUAACUCUUCUGAAUUAACCAAAAGAUAUUUUGGUCGUCCCGCCCCUAUAAAAUGUCCCGAGGAGGAGCGACUCUCAAAUGAAUAUAACUUUGCUUCGUCUGCAUCUACCGUACACGGCUCUACAAUAGAUCCUGGUGACGAGUUUCAGGCUAUAUAUAGUCAGUUUGUAAAUAUGGCGAAAAAAUCUUAG